AUGGAUCCGAAGGCAUUCACUUCAUCCUUUGAUGCCAUUGUAUCGCUGAGUAAUACAGAGGGACCAAGACAGAAUGUUCUCGAACCCAAAUUCACAGCGAGAGACCAAAUGGAGGCAUUAAGAGAAUCUGUAACCAACGCCUAUAAGAAUGAGGCCUCAUUAACAGCGCUCAGUCAACUGUGUCGGUGUACUAUCUUCAUUGGAUUGAAUAUGUUGGAGACAGAUGAGGAAAGUAACGGUGUGAUGGAGUUGCGUAAAGCCUAUACAAUGACACUUUCAGGUGCCAAGAAAGAACUUUUGGAAAAUAUUGCCGAUAUUUUGGCAUACCCAUUAGAAGACAUUCUCAAGAAUGAAACACCCUACGUAGAUGCUACACAUGAAUAUAGUUUUGUUACUGAAUUUAUGCGUGUUCACAAUGCGUUAGGAUUAUAUCUCUCUAAUCGUGAUGCGGCAUUACGUAUCAAUGAUGCCAAGCAAGUUUUACAUGUAGCCGAAAAGGGAUAUAAAUUAUGGGAUGAAUGGUUUCAAUCUCGUCCUGAAAGUUGCUCAAUGAAAGAUAUUCCUGUACUGGAUAAUGGGACCCUAGAUCGAGAAAAUAUCCCUUCAGAGGUACUGGAGGCUUAUACUCUUAGAUUUGAAAUGGAUACCGCGUUUACUUCAACACUUUUUUUUCUAGCACAGGUUUAUACAGCAUGUCAAAUGACAACCUUAGCUUCACGUUACUGUCAUCAUACCUUGUACCAUCAAUUACUUAACAAAAUAGAAUUUUCAAAAAAGGAUUGGGCAACGAAUGCUUUACAUCUUAGUGCAUUUUAUAGUAGUCACUAUGAUUAUGGAAAAGCUCUUCAUUGUUUGCGUGCUGGGGAGUAUAUGAUGCCUAAGGAAAACCCAAAUGAGGAGACACUAGGAAUUGUAGCAUGGGCGUAUGGAAAGUUCCAUUUACAUCGAUUAAAUCAUUUUGCUGAAGUUCGUCAGCAAUCGGCACCAAGUGGACCUUUACCAGAUGAGUUUGAAGGAUGGUGGGUAAAUUUUCCACUUGAUAUUCCACCACCGCAACCACUACCGGUGAUUGAAACCUUUGAUGAUGCCCGUGAAUGUUUUAAGGAAGGAAAUAAAUGGUUUAAUGAAGCUCUUAAGUACUACUUAUAUGAUGGAAGUUGUACUGAUCACAUUGAAAUUAUUAGAGAUAUUACAAGAUUAUAUGAAGCACUUAUUCAUUUUGAAGAUAAUCGUGAUCGCAUUAUAGCUAUGCAUCAACGCCGUGCCGCACUUAUUGAACCAUUUCCAGGUGAUCUUAACUUUAAUGCCUAUCCUAUAUUGGUUCGGCAAUUACUUUUUGAUCUAGGUGGUAUAUAUGAUGAAAUAUUAGAACUCCGUAUUCAACAAAAGGAAAACCCAACUGAGGAUGAGAAACCACUCUCUGAUAAAAAAAUAAACGCUCUUACAGACAAGACACAAUCUAUUUAUAAACGCUUUUGUGAUACAUGGAAAGAUCCCAGGACUGGUCAGAUUCCUGAAGUCCUGGAUGAGGAUUCUAGAUUGCCUUUCUUCAGAGCAUUAAUGCGAUUGGCCCAAUUACAGACAAAACGAUAUUUUAAGCAUCCUAAAGAGGAGUAUGACAACAUUGGUGUUGCUAUUAAAAUGUAUCAAGAAGUUAUUAAUUUUGCAUCUCUUAAUCCCAUGGAUGAAAAAAUAGAUGCAGAAGUAAGAUUAUCUCGAGAAAUGGUGGCUCUCUUGCCAAUGAAGCAGAAAGAUUUGUGGCAGGCCUUUCACCGAUCUGUAUGA